CUACAGCCGGAUCAUAUAUGAAGUUUAUAUAGAUGACUCAACAUCAAAGUAAUCAAACAGGUUCGAUUUGAUCUCGUCUCCAUUACGAUUGUACCGAAUAGUGCCGCCGCGCGCCUCCAUCAAGGUUCAAUACAAAACCACCUUCUCUACCCCGCUAUAGUCCCCAGUCAUGACGCCCACCCUCCUGGAUCCUAUUCCUACCCCGCCUCCUGCCCAGUUUCAUCCCAGCGUCAUUCUGAAGCAGCCUUCGAAAUCGCUUAUUCACUCUAAAGUAGCCAUACAACCGUGGGUCGCACAACUUACGCACCUUGCCUCGCAGUACCACCUGAGCGAGUACAACCGUAUAAAGCAUGGCCACCGAGGCUGUCCCAUACCAUAUGUGCCACUAUUACUGAACGCACCAGACACCUUUCGCGACCUUCGCGCACGGCAGGCAACAAAUAUGAAUGGCGUACUGUGGUGGCCAUGUCCAGAGGCGUCCUGCCCCGCUACACAAGUCAUACCGGCUUCCGAACAACGCAACGCACUCCUUAGCGGAAGCGCUUGUCCUUGCCUGUACCCGCUUCUCCAGAAAGAGUUGAACGCAGCCCUCGAGGAUACACUUUCUUCACAAAUGCCACCCGCACCUAUUCCGGAAGGCACCUCACAUCCUAGCAUCCCUGUCAAAACGUCUACAACGCAUCCAUUAAACAUAUCUACUAUCGUUCCCCCGGAAUUAUUACCCGCAAUGUCAUCGCAUCUUAUAACCAACCCCGAGCCUUCACCUGUUAUCUUUCAUAUACCCGACUUCUAUACCCUGCAUCGCAUCACGGAUUAUGCCCAACACAUGCCAUCACCAACUAGCCCCACCUCUCUAGCUAUCUCACGCAAAGCUCACUCGCGUCGGUCAAGCCGAAUUCCAUUACUACCCCCAAUACCCACGCAUUCUUCCUCAUCAGAACCUAUUCUUCAUCAUCCUCCCCUUCCAAUACCUCCGGCGUUUAUGAACCAGCCACCGCAGUCCAUAAUGGAGGCUCUUCAGGCUGCCAUUGACACGCGCUUAACGACCCUUGCCACCAAAACUCGCCCUUCGCUUCCGUUCAUAGGAAAACUUUCUCCUACUCUAAAACACACUACCAAAGUUCGCAUGGUAUCCGAUGAUCUGGCGAGCAACCGGUCUUCAUCUGUACAAAGAGGGACUUCUGCUCUGCCGAAGGUUGUCUUUCCUUCUAUGCUCGAUUUCCUUAAUUCCAGCGAACGUGAACAACUAGCAUUUUCGACUGCAUCCCAGAAUGCCACCAAGACAAGAGUGUCCAGCACGUUACUCCGUCCAACAUCAAAUAUCCAUGGCACCAAGCGCUGUUUCAAGCUGGGUAACUUGAUGCUGUCCUCGUGUCCCGGAAAAAAAGUGCGACUCGCAGGUCCGGUCAGAGGGCGUAGCGCCGUUUGUCGAGAUCUCGACACUGACCUGCGGCGUAUAAGUCAAGUCGGAGCACGCUGCAUUGUCUGUUGUCUCGAUGACGAAGAACUCGAUUUUCUUGGGAUAUGCUGGUCAGACUACGUGAGCUCUGCGCACCGGGCAGGAAUGGACAUCCUUCGAAUACCACUACCUGAAGGCCUUGCUCCUCUAUCGCCCCAGUCACUAGACGAGUCACUGACAAAACUUAUCGACGAUUACACCAUGCGUGGUGCAAGUAUACUUGUGCACUGUCGUGGGGGUUUGGGUAGGGCAGGCCUCGUAGCGUGCUGUUGGGCACUAAAAAUUGGCUUGUGCGGGUGGAUCAAUGUGGACCUAUCACCGAACCCAGCAGAAGGCGCCGAUGGCCUGGAGAAUUAUGUGAGGAGGGAUACUUUGCAACUUGUCGAGCGCGCGAUCACUGUUGUGCGGAGACGGCGAAGCGUCAAGGCCAUUGAGACGUUGGAGCAGGUGCGGUUUUUGACCGAGUAUGUUGACUUUUUGCGAGAAGGCGCGGGGCGGCACGGGCAGUCGUGAUCAUUUAUCGUUGUAUUCAUUAUCUUUGGGGUGCAAUUUCGAUUUGUGGCUAUAAACCUUACUACUGUAGUCAUUUUCGUUUCAUAGGUUUAAUAGCAACUUUUGUUUGGAGGCUUCCCGCACAUUGUAAUACACAGUUGCAAUUACUGGGGAGACCCUGCAUAUUCU